AUGGACGGCUUCGUGUUCAGCUCGGCGAAGGGCGCGGUGGACUCGCUCCUGGGCCGCCUCGCCACGGCGCUCACCGACGAGGCGCAGCUGCUGCGCGGCGUCCGCGGCGACGUGCGCUUCAUCAGGGACGAGAUGGACAGCAUGAACGGCCUCCUCCUCCACCUCGCCGCCGGCGACUCCGGCGCCGGCCACGGCCACCACCACGUCCGCGCGUGGAUGAGGCAGGUCCGGGACCUCGCCAACGACUCGCAGGGCUGCGUCAACCGCUACGUCCGCCACCUCGGAGCCACCGCCCGCAGCCGCCGGAGGGGCCCGCUCGGCUACCUCCGCCGCGCGCACCGCCUGCUGUGGACGCUCCGGGCUCGCCGCCGGAUCGCCAGGGAGAUACAGGAGCUCAAGGUGCGCGCCCGCGAGGUCGGCGAGCGGCGCAAGCGGUACGGCAUCACCUUGCCCCUCCCGCUCGCCGGUGGCGGCGACCAAGCAGACCGCGCCCGCUGCCACGUGCCACCGGUCCCGCUCCCGCAUGCCACCGCCGGGCCUGGCGACGACGCCCGGAGGCUGGCCCUGGAGGGCCACGAAGGGCCCGUCGUGUCCGGCGAGGACGUCAGGAAGCUGACCAAGUGGCUCACGGAGGACGCGUACGACAACGGCCGGCUCAGGAUCAUCCCCGUCGCCGGGCCGAACGGCAUGGGCAAGAGCGCCCUCGCGUGGCGGGUGUACCGGCACCCCGCCGUGGCGGCCCGGUUCGACUGCCGCGCCUGGUGCAACGUCGGCGACCCGCACGGCGGCCUCUCGUGGGCCGACGUCGCGGCGCGGCUGCUCGGCAGCCUCGAGACCCGCGACGGCGUCGGCGUGCAGAGGUGGGAGGACGACGCGCCCGUGAGCGAGCUCAAGGCGCACCUCAAAGGCAGGAGGUUCCUGCUCGUCCUCGACGGUCUGGAGGAGCAACCGACGCUGGCGGCCAUGGAGGAGACCCUGCGGUGGUGCCCGUACGACGCCGGCAGCGCCGUGCUGGUGACCACGCGGAACGAGACCUUGGUCCUCAACUGCGACACCUACAGCAUCCUGCACCUCAAGACCCGGCCUUCCGUCGUUGACGCCUUCAUGGACAGAGCUCUCACCAUGGUUCCCGACGUCGCUUACGGCAUGGCGGUUGUUCUGAGGAAGAUCCUCUCAAGGUUCUCCACGGACCCUUUCUACACGAAGAUGCUGCUCCACCUGCUCUAUGUCAACCCAAGCAGAACAAUGCAAGAGCUUCAGGGACUGUCAACCAGGCUGACCGAUGAGGAACCACUGAAGAACGCGAAGCAGAUGUUCAUGUUCAGCUACGACGACUUGCCCAGCCAUUACAAGAGCUGCCUGCUGUACCUGGCAAUCUUCCCUCAGGGAUGCAGCAUCAGGAGGAAUAGCUUAAUCAGGCGAUGGGCCGUCGAAGGACUGGUUGGUAAAACAGAUGGCCUCACUGCACUUGAAGCAGCUGACCGUUGCUUCGACGCGCUUCUCGACCGUGGAUUUGUGGUUCCCAGAAACAUUGGAGCUGCAGGCAGGGUCAAGAGCUGCAGGUUGGAUCCUUCAGUUCAUGACUUCAUUACCUGGAUUGCCCGGUACGACAACUUUGUCGACACAAACCUGCCAUCCUCCUUGUCUCAACACCUCUCCAUCUGCAACGGGGUUGAUCUGCAACAGGUCGCAGCGAAACGACACGCCUCCAAUUGCAAAGGUUUAAGGAAAAUCUGCUGCUGUUACCCUGUUAGGAAAGUAUCUGGCUGCUGUGACAGCAUUAUUGUGUUGCUGGAGUGGCUGCCAUCAUUCUCUCGAUUGGAGCUGCUCAAAGUGCUGGACCUGGAAGCCUGUGAUGGCUUGAAGAAGCACCAUUUGGAGAUCAUCUGCAACCAAAUAUAUCAGCUCAAGUAUCUCUGCCUAAGGAGGACUAACGUCACCCGAUUGCCCAAGGACAUAAACAAACUCCGGUAUCUGGAGACGUUGGACAUCCGGGAAACCAAGAUACGGGAUUUCGGCACAAAACCUCUGAUGCUUCAGAUGCUCAAACACUUGCUUGCAGGCAGUAUUGACUACAGUCCGAGAGAAGACAUCAUCAGGUCAAAUGGAUCUUUUUCCACUGUUUACAUGCCUCACGGCAUUGGGAUCAUGGGAAAUCUGCAGGUCCUGUCUCACGUCCAAGUUUCCCACAAUGAUCAGCUGGACGAGAUUAGCCAGCUUCUGCAGCUCAGGAAGCUAGGUCUGGUUCUCAGUGGCAAGGAAGUCGACCUCAAGCAUUUCCUUCGAGCGAUUGACGAGUUGCAUAGCUGCCUCCGCUCUCUGUCGAUCAAAAUCAAGGAAUCAUGUAAAGUGACUUCCGAGAUGCACAUGGUGAAUCCCUUGUUCAAACACCAUCCAAAGUUCCUUGAGAGCCUGAGCAUCUGCGGCCUGAGAAAUGAACUGCCUUACUGGGUCGACGAACUGCAUCAGCUUGCCAAGAUAACCCUGAGUGAAACCUUCCUGACAGAAAAUGCGCUAAGGACCCUGGGCCAUCUUAAGGGUUUGCGCUGCCUUAGGCUCCGGCACAACUCUUUUGUCGCAAGUAGGCUUGCCUUUGGGGAAAGCGAAUUCAGGAACCUUACGUUUCUGGUCAUUGAAAUAACCCACAUUACCAACAUAAGCUUCAGCCGAAAAGCAACACCUAAGCUUGAGAAUGUUGUUUGGUCGUUCACCCAAGUACAGUCCAUUUCUGGAAUUGGAUACCUUGAAAGACUGCAUCGGUUUGAACUCAAUGGCAUCAGCAUCCCGUAUAGUGUCAGAGAAGCUAAUGCGGCGUUUCCAAACCAUUAUGUUUUCAAAUACAAUCUGCAGAGUCAUGGCUAA